AUGUAUCAGGAGCUCAGGACUAUAGGACAAUACCUUGUUGCAUGGACUGGACCUAAAUUGAGUCCACUUAAGAUAUAUCUAUAUGACAUUAUCCACCCUUGGCAGCACUUUUUAGAGCUUCCCACGGUCUUUGAGAUGGGUUUCUUGCAUUUAGUGGCCCCACCAGGAGUCCAGGAUGUCCAGGAGGACCAUUUGCGAGUGUUGGGAGGCCAUUUGGGAGGAUGGGGAGGACCAUUUGGGAGGGUGGAGAGGAUCCUUUCUGUUUGGGAGGAUGGGGAGGACUAUUUGAGAGAAUGGAGAGGACCCUUUGUGAAUGUUGGGAGGACCAUUUGGGAGGGUGGGAAGGACCAUUUGGGAAGGUGGAGAGGACCAUUUGGGAGGGUGGGUAGGACUGUUUGGGAGGGUGGGAGCACCAUUUGGGAGGGUGGGGAGGACUGUUUGGGAGAGUGGAGAGGACCCUUUGUGAAUGUUGGGAGGACCAUUUGGGAGGGUGGGGAGGACCGUUUGCGAGUGUUAGGAGGGCCAUCUGUGAGGAUGGGUAGGACCGUAUCAAGGGACUAUGAACAUUGUGGUGCGAUGGACAGCAGGAGUAUGGGUAUGAGUAAGAAAGGAAGCAGCAAGCAGACAGGGUCUAUUUGGAGGGCAACAAAGCCGGACAAGUAUAGAAGGAGAUGA